AGGAAGCCGUAAAAGUACACAGACACACCUAUAAUUCUAUCGUUUCCGCUAGUCUCGGCAAAGAAAAGUUGAUAAGACGCGUACUCUCACCAUGGGUAAUUGGUUGUUAAACGAAUUGCCGAAGUGGAUUUUGUUUACAGCAUGGCUGGCUCUUAACAUCGCAUUGUUUGUGAACACAUACCUGUCGUACAUGGCAGACAAAUAUGUAUACCUACGAGUACUUAUCGGUCACGGGCUCCCAUUUGCAAGAUCAUCAGCAUACAUCAUCAACGUCAACUCUAUGCUUAUAUUAUUGCCAGUUUGUAGGAACUUAAUUUCGUUUCUGAGAGGAACGUGUGGAUGUUGCACUCGCGUGCGUAGACAGCUUGACCGCAAUAUUAUCGUACACAGGUUCCUUGCGUACUGGAUAUGUUUACUGUCUAUCAUUCACACUGGUGCACAUUGCUAUAACUUUGAACAUUUUGUACUGGCACACCACAGCAGCGACGGCUUGGUGCAGACAUUGUCAAAUUUACCCGAUGGACCCAAUCCCAUAAAGGAGCCCAACUCGGACGCAAUAAAGGCACUGUUCAAGUUCAUACCAGGAGUUACCGGAAUAGUGUUGGUUCUUGCGCUCGUACUGAUGGUAUCAUCCUCCACCAAUUUUAUACGGCGAUCUUACUUUGAAGUCUUUUGGUUCACGCAUCACUUGUUUGUAAUAUAUUAUAUUGCAAUUGUCAUACAUGGUAUGCAAGGUGUAGUGAAAGCUCAGACAAACAUUGACGUUCACGACCCAAACGUCUGUAGGGAUCAGUACGAUGGCGGGUGGGGCACAGCUACCUGCCCAAUUCCAACAUUUGAAGGUUCGUCAGGUUCCUCCUGGAAGUGGGUGGUUGGGCCCUUCGCACUGUACCUACUUGAGCGAUGUGUCCGGUUAUACAGAAGUUUCCAACCAGUUACCAUACACAAAGUGGUAAAGCAUCCAUCACGCACUAUAGAGCUGUUGCUGAAGAAGCCAGGAUUCCACGCAGAAGUAGGACAAUACGUGUUUCUUCAUUGUCCAAAGAUAAGCCAGUUAGAGUGGCAUCCGUUCACGCUAACCUCCUGCCCCGAAGAUGAGAAUAUAAGUAUUCACCUACGAAUAGUUGGAGACUGGACAUCUGCUUUAGCUAUGGCUUGUGGAGUAGACAGUGACCAGCAGCCCGAAAAGUUACCACGUCUCGCCAUAGACGGACCGUUUGGUACAGCGAGUGAGGAUGUGUUUAAUUAUCCCGUUGUACUGCUCGUCGGAGCUGGAAUCGGAGUUACGCCAUUUGCCUCUGUGCUAAAAUCGAUCUGGUACAAAUACAACGACGAAAAUGUGCAGUUGAAGUUGGAGAAGGUCUACUUCUACUGGAUCUGCCCCGACACAAUGUCGUUCGAGUGGUUUGCCGAUCUCCUGAAGUCGCUUGAACGACAGAUGGUGGCAAAGGGACUGCCGCAGUUCUUAGACUACAACAUCUAUCUAACUCGUGGCUGGGAUGCCAACCAGGCACGAAACAUUGUCCUGCACGAGGAAGCCGUGUACGACGUCGUCACCAACCUCCGCCACAAGACACACUACGGCCGUCCCAACUGGGAGCAGAUCUUCUCAGCGAUGGCUGCUGCACACCCUGCUACGAAAAUCGGUGUGUUCCUCUGCGGACCGAAAGUGCUGUCACCAACGCUGCGACAACUGUGCAACAGACAUUCUUCGGUUGAUACGGCUGGUGCUCGCUUCUACUUCAACAAGGAGAAUUUUUAAAGGCGAUUAUCUCAGUUUAAUAGAUUGGCAAUACAUUAGAAUUUAUAUACGUAUAUUUUUUUAAUUAAAUAAUUGUCCGAUGGUUAUUAAAUAACUAUCUUAUGUAAUGGUUAUCUUUGAUAUAGUCUUCCCAAUUAAUUUACAUAAUUUUUUAGUAAGUGUUAUAAAUUGUGACUAAACUACGCAACCAUCAUUUACAAAAUGAUAACUAUAGUAUAGAAACUAUAGAGUUUUUACCCAAACAAUGUGAUCUGUAACCAAAGAUUUCUUACUUGUAUAAUUAUCAUGUGAAGUUAAAUUAUGAUAUGACGAAGAGUGUAUAUAUAUAUACAGGUAUUCUUGGUAAAUUUACAGGUAAUAUUCAAUAAAUAAAACAAUAAACUAUGUAUUCACUAUAUUCAUAUUAUUAUUCAUAUAUUGAUAUUUUUGAGUAUAGCAUUCUGCUUGCUGACUUGUCUUGCUAUAAUUUGUUAUGUAAACUCCUCACAAUUGCAAUUACUUAGAAAUUGGCUAAUUGUAAUGUGGUGUGGAAGUCAACUCGUGUGGAAUAAAUUACUAAAAAAA